CUCAGCAGCAGUAGCCGGUACAGCAGCAGCAGAGGCGGCAGCCGCUGGCCCCUCAGCCUCUCUUCCCAGCUGAGCUCCUGCUGCAGUCAUGGCUGCUGAUGGAGUGGAUGAACGCUCUCCUUUGCUGUCAGCAUCCCAUUCUGGAAAUGUCACUCCGACCGCCCCGCCGUAUUUGCAGGAAAACAGCCCUCGAGCGGAACUCCCACCUCCUUACACAGCCAUUGCUAGUCCAGAUGCCAGUGGUGUUCCUAUAAUAAACUGCCGUGUGUGCCAAUCUCUAAUCAAUUUGGAUGGCAAGCUUCACCAGCAUGUAGUGAAAUGUACAGUCUGCAAUGAAGCUACGCCAAUCAAAAACCCACCAACAGGGAAGAAAUAUGUUAGAUGUCCGUGUAAUUGUCUCCUCAUCUGUAAGGAUACAUCUCGGCGAAUAGGAUGUCCAAGACCCAACUGUAGACGCAUCAUUAGUCUGGGCCCAGUAAUGCUAAUUCCCGAAGAACAGCCUGCUCAGCCUGCGUUACCAGCCCAACCAGAGGGGACGCGAGUAGUGUGUGGGCACUGUGGAAACACGUUCCUGUGGAUGGAACUGAGGUUCAACACUCUAGCAAAAUGCCCACACUGCAAAAAAAUUUCCUCAGUGGGUAGUGCACUUCCACGAAGACGUUGCUGUGCCUAUAUUACCAUUGGAAUGAUAUGUAUUUUCAUUGGAGUUGGAUUAACUGUUGGUACACAAGAUUUUGCCAGGCGAUUUCAUGCAACCUAUGUUUCUUGGGCAAUUGCUUAUCUUUUAGGCUUGAUCUGCCUUAUCCGAGCUUGUUACUGGGGAGCCAUAAAAGUCAGUUAUCCAGAACACAGUUUUGCUUAAGCUUGCUUCUAGUUAUAGUUUGCUACAGGUGAGAAUCUCUAGAAGUUCUGGGUAAAACAAGUGGACAUUUUAAAAUAAUUUUCUUUGAUGAAUUCCAUUCUAAGUACAGUAGUUCCAAGUUGGGGGGAGGGUCUUUUAAAAAAAAUAAAUAUCCAUUGCACUGCAUUAUAUGCAAAGAAUUUGUUUUGCUGCUAGAUUUCCAAGCUCUGAAUAAUAAAGCUAUGUUUACAUGUUUAUUUACCUAUAUAAUGAGGUACUUUAAAAUUUUUAACUCACAUUUUAGGUUUUACAUCUACUUUUCAUUAUUUUAAAAUUUUUUUGUUGCAUUACUUUAUGAUCUGAGUAUUUAAGAGCAAGAAGCAUUAAUCAGUAUUUCUAAAAUAACCUCAUAAUCAUACUUAGAUUUUAAUUACAGCUGUAUCAAAGUGGCUUGCUUUAAGAUCUAAGCAAUAAGCAUUCUGCCUGAACUUACUGUAACUUUUACAGAAGAUCAUAGUGACCUUAUUCAAAACACAAUGUUUGAAUCUACUUUCAGAUACUGUGACACUGUUACCAGAAGGAAAACAUUUGUAAACACUGUAUGUUUGUUUUUCAGGUAGAAAGAAAUAAUAUUUUGGUAGUAUUGAAAUAGAAUGAUAAAAUAAUCAUUUGUCCACUAUGGGAGAAAAUGUUGGAUAAAUGUCUUUUCUCAAGGA